AUGGCUAUUAAUUUGAAGUUGAGCUCGAAGGAUGUUGCAAACAGUUUGAAUAAACCGGCCAAGAUACAGUACAUCCCCGCUACGAUCAACGGUGACGGACCGGCUAAUCUGGAGCAGUUUUUUACACCAUACACCGAAACACAACCUGAUGGAACCCUGCACAACGCUCUUCGAGGAUAUCCGCUGCAGGGAAAAGUUACAACACUUCCGGAAGGUUACACGGGUGUAAUGUUUCAAGAGACGAAGAAACCACUCUCGGCCGAAGAUGAUCGGACGCUUACAUUUGCGGGAGCUUUUAGAGAAUUCACCUACUGGAAUUAUGACCGUAUUCCGUCGAGGAAUGAUCCAUUAGCUAAAGCACUUGUCUGGCUGCAACUGUCGGAAGUUCUACAUGGUGAUGCGGAUGAAGUUGAGGUAAAAAAUGAACAGACAGGGAAAAUUAAAAACGGCCACUGA